AUGAGUUACAAUGCCAGCCAAGUCCAGCCAAAUAACUACGGUACCUUUUAUGACGAUCAGAGGCAGAACUGGUCUGUCAUGUUUGAAUCCGAAAAGGCCGCUGUAGAUUUCAGCAAACAGCUCUGUAUUGCCAAAUAUAACAGCAGUCAUUCUCCUGACACAGUGGUGUGCCAGGAUCUGAUUGUCGGAGAGGGCCAAGGUGUGGAAGCAGGAGAUGCGCUGGAAGCGGUCUUUACGGGUUGGCUGUUCCAGAACGCUGGACUUGGGCAGGUGUUUGACUCCAAUGUGAACAAACCCAAGUUUUUGCGCCUGAAAUUGGGUUCGGGGAAAAUCAUAAAGGGGUGGGAAGAAGGGAUGAUUGGCAUGAAGAAAGGUGGGAGGCGUUUCCUCAUCAUCCCACCGUCCUUGGCGUAUGGCUCGCAAGGGGUCCCAAACCGUGUUCCUCCAGAUUCCACGUUGGCUUUUGAGGUGGACAUCAAGCGCGUGAGGCUUGGAAAGGAGGCCGCCUCCAACGGGCAGAAUCGGGGGUCUCAGGACUCGCUUGCACCUUCUCCGGGACCACCAGCACCACCCCCCGAGAACACAUCGACAGACCCAGUAGGGGGACCUCCCUCCACAGUACCUCCAAAACCAGGGGAGGUGCCUCCGAGAACUAAAUCCAACUCUGGGAGCGAGCAGCUGACGAAUCCUGACGCGGCGAAAGCAAAGCUGAUUUCCCGGAUGGCGAAGAUGGGGCAGCCCAUGCUGCCUUUUUUCCCUGGCACGGCUCAAGCAGGACUUGACUCGAGCGACUCGGAGAUCGAGGAUCUGCACACCUUGCGUGGAACAGCGCAGCCGGCCGCCCCUUCUCCCCCGAAGCCGUCUCCCCAAACCGUUCUUCCUCACACGCCGACGCAAGUGCCUCAGCCAGCUGGCUCUGGACUCCAGGUGCCCACCGCGGCCGUCCUGACUGCAGCGGUUCAGACACAUCCAGCUGUUCCUGGAACUGUUCAGAGCUUUCAGCCCUAUGCAGGCGUGACCUACGCUUACCCACAAGCCACCGCGGCCACCUCUCAGCUCCAGCCUGUUGGGACCCUCUACCCAACACCCUUCCAAGCUGGAGACAUUGGUUCGUUUCUGAUGACAGAGGCACGGCAGCAGAACACAGAAAUCCGCCUGGCCGUUGGCAAAGUGGCUGACAAAAUAGACCAGCUGACCUCCAAGAUGGAAGAGCUGCAGAAGCAAAAUUCUGGCCACAACCUGUUGCCGGGCUUUUCGUCCGUCACCAUGGAAACCAGCAUGAUCAUGAGCAACAUCCAGCGUGUCAUUCAGGAGAACGAGAGGCUGAAGCAGGAGGUGUUUGACAAGAACGGGCGCAUUGAGGAGCAGAACGAGAAGAUCAGCGAGCUGAUUGCCCGCAAUCAGAGGUACGUGGAGCAGAGCAACCUCCUGAUGGAGCAGAGGAACAGCUCACUGCAGUUGAACACGGAGCACACGCAAGCCCGCGUCUUGCACGCCGAGCAGGAGAAGGUCAAGGUGGCGGAGGAGCUGGCUGCCGCCACGGCGCAAAUCUCCCGGCUUCAGCUGGAGCUGACGGAGCACCGGAAAAAGGAGAUGGAUCUGCGCUCCCAGCUGGACGCGGCCUUGAAAGAGGUGGAGAAAAACGGCGCGCAGAUCGACCGGCUGCAGGCACAGCUGGCUGAGCUCCAGGAGUCGUCCGAGGACGCCAAGAGCAAAUAUCAAGCGGAGAAGCAGAGCCGGAAGCAGCUGGACGGAAAGAUGUCGGCUUUGGAAGAAGUACUGGCCGACCUCCGGGGGGAGAAAGAGAAGCUGGAGAAGAGCCUCUCGGAGAGGAAGAGGAAAUUCCUGGAGGAGCGAAAACGGGCCGAGGAGGAGAUGGAGGAGUUUCGCAAGUCUCACCAAGAAGAGCUGGAAAAACUCCAGCAGCUUCUGAAGAAGUCUCGGACGUCGACGGAUCAGGCUACUUCUGAGCAGAUGGCCACUUUGCAGAUGGAGCUGGAUUCCCAGUGGGAAGCCAAGUGUGAGCGCCUGCUCGCCGCCGCCAGCGAGGAGCAUCGCCGCGAAUACCAGGAAGCGUGUGAGCAGAGGGACGCCCAAGAACAGAGGGUUGCUCAGCUGGAAGAGAAGAUUUCUCAGCUCAAAGCUGCCCGGAGCCAGGAAGAAGAGAAGCGGUCCCUCUUACAAGAAGAGCUGGAGCAGAUUCAGCCGAUGAAGGAAAAAUACUUAGCUCUCCAGUCCCAGGUGUCUGCUCUCAAGGCCCACUAUGAGGAGAGGAUCCGGGAACUUCAGAAGAGCACGGGACGCCCGUCCCCUGCCGGUUCAGCAGAUGAGGUGAAAAGGAUCAUGAAUGGAGUCUUCCAGUCUCUGCGAGGCCAGUUUGAGCUGGAGGAUUCUUACACUGGCCGGGUCGUCCUGGGGAUCGUCAUGAACACCAUCAAGACUAUCACUUUGCAGCUGCUGCAGAGGCCGGAGGAGACAGGCGAAAGCAGUGGUGACGAGGAAGGACCGCAUCCUGCUCCGAGGCAGCGGCCGAGCCCGGCGGCCCUUGACGGGGAACCCCAAAACGUUUCUCCGAGAGCCACGCUGUCGGUUCACGCGGAGCAUCUUGAGAAGGAGUCGGACGCCAGCCCGCCUUUGGAAGGAUCCGAGCCCAAAUCUGCAGCUUCGGAAGCCCGCGAGGAGCAGCCCCCUUCGGCCCCCGAGCCUCCCCCAGCGUUAAAUGAAGAGGAAAAAGGUCCUCGAGAGACUGUCAUCUGUGAACAGCUGGAGGCGGGUGCCGAGGCCGAAACCAGCCCAGCCGGAGCGGCGGAUGGGCGGCCGGGAACUCCCAAAUCGGCAGCCGAGGAGACGGGGACACCCCAAGGCACGGCGGGUGGAGGAGAGCGCGGCCCGGCUGUUCUCAACCAGGAUCCCCCUACACGUGAUCCUCUGUUGGGAGCUGGCAACGUGGAUACGGCCGGAACGGAGCGAGAGUCAAGCCCCAGCCCUGCCCACGUGGACGCCAGCUCUCUCGGGAACCAAGGGGGUUCGUUCAAAGCGGCGGCUUGUAAGCCGUCUCCAUCUGGGGGACCGCUGGAGGAAGAAGAGGAGGAGGAACUGAGUCUGAAAGGCCAGCCUCCCCCAACCCCGCUCUUCGGAGAUGAUGAUGAUGAUGACGACCUGGACUGGCUGGGCUGAGCCGCCGGCUCUCGGCACCGACAUACACGGCAGGACCUGGGGAAUGCGAAGGCGCUGGCCCAGAUGUUCUUUUUUUCUGAGCCUUUCCGGAUGGCUCCUCCGAGGUGGGAAGGGGGCAGCCGCCCCCCGAAGCUGUGAUGGCGACCGGCGGGCGCCCUUUGGAGCCAGGAGGGAGGCUUGGACGGUGUCUCUGCCUGAAGGAACCAUCAUCCUCCCUCUCUUUCCUCCCUGCACAGCUGUGUCUGUAGCCUAACUUUUCACUUUCGGCUCUCACUAACCCUGAACGUCUUGCGUAAAGAAACACUGAAAGAAAAAAAUUAAAAGAGCAGAAGGACUGCCAAACUCAGACCCCCACUAGUUGCAGGAUUCCCUCAUUGUGUAAUGAAAAAACAACGUUUUAGAGGUGACGUGCUAGAAUUCUUUCCCCCCCUCCUGGUUUCCUCCUCUCCUCUCCCCUCCUUCUCCUCCUCCUCCCGCCCGUUGGCUGGUCAUGGGUGGCCACCCCGAGCCCUUUUCUGUGCUUGCCUCAAGAAAGAGGAAUGAUCGAGGAUUCAAGACCGCCUCCACGGUCUUUUCCGUUACAUCGUAAGAGGCGCGUUUUGGGGGCAGACAAGUUCGUUGGCCCUUUCUUCUUCAGCCUAUUGCGGGUUAGGCGGUCGGAGGGUUAGUUAGCGGGUCCUCCGGCUUUUCCGGGAAACUCAGCGAAAUUUUAAACGACACCCUGGGCGAACUUAGCUUUUCCCGUACGAUCUUGGCCCACGGAUCUGUUCCUUGUUCCAGCCUGGUAGCAGAGCCUCUCUGGACAAGGGCGGCCGAGGGCUCCUCUAGUGAAUCUCUGAAGUAUACCCCAUCUCUGAAUUGCACCCAGAAUAUUGUUUCGGGUGGUGAAUCCCUACCAUAGGUCCCCAGAUGUUUCCACACCCAGGAAAUAGUUUCGCAUCAAGAGCCAUAAUAUGCGCCUUUUGCAUUCAGAACAGAGGUGGGGAGGAGACGGUUGACGAGACUGCAGAGUAGGUGGGGAAAUAAAUAAAUGAAUUACAUUUUCACCACAGCACUAGCUGAUUCUCAGGUUGACGGGACAACGAAGCCCACCUCUCCCUGGCCAGGUAUCAUUUUAACUAGCUUUAGAGAGGGGCUUCACGACCAGAAAAUCUAGCCUAUCGUCAAAUGGGUUCUCGAAAGGAUUGUCUGUAGCGGGAAAUAAAAUAUGCAGAGAGGACUCUACGUCCUUUGCGAGGCUUAGAAUUCCUUCGGCUUCCAGGCACAAAAUGCCUAGAAAGGUUUCUGGGUGUGGAACUUCACAAAACCCAGCCUGGUUUGUCUCCUUUUCCAGCCUCGACAGAAUCGGGAAACUGAUUUCAUUGAUGUCCUGGGCAAUAAAAGUGCAAUUAAAGUAAUUUAAAUCUGG